GUAAAAUGCACUAUAGCGAGAACUAAACGAGUGCAAGUAUCAUUUUGACAGAGACGGUCAGCCAACAAACUCCACUAGAUCCUUGUUGUUACAGUUGUUCAAACCAACUCUUCCCGUCCAUAUACUAUUGACGGACAAAUAAAAAUGAAAUCCGCGACGGUUAUAUGUGCGCUGGUCGUGAUGUCACAAGCGUUGUACGCGACGGCGGCUGGCGGAAAUGACCGACAACAACCGCUCUUCUUCCAGGCUGGACGUCCGUUCAACGCGCCCGGCGCUCCUUUACCCAAAUUUGUGGGCGUUGCUGGAGGUCAGCCACCGCACGCGUUCCGUUCGCAAGGGCCGCAAGUGGACGAAAACCAAGAAGACGAAGAACAGCGCGAAGAGGACGAAUCGAGCCAGAGGAACCUGCUCAUACCGACACCGCUGCCGUUCAGACCACAACCCACACAACAACAGUUCAAUCAAUUCCGCGCAUCUCCAUCGCCAACUCCUCAGACAUUACAACCAAUACAACAGUUCAACCAAUUCCGAGCGUCUCCAUCGCCCUCCCCUCAAACUUUACAGCCAAUUCGUAUUAACAGACCUUCCGAAGGUCAGUCAAGAAGACCUCCACCACCACCACCACAACAAUUUAAAUCAUUAGCCAGUCAACCUUUAUCGGAAGAAGCUCAGGAAUUAGAAGAAGAAAAAGAAGAGCCUGAUCGUCUUACUCAACUUUUACCCCAAUCUAAAUUUACUUGCAGCGGUAAGAAGACUGGUUAUUACGCCGACGAUGGUCUUGACUGUGAAGUUUUCCAUUAUUGUCAGGAUAACGCUAGACAUUCGUGGAUUUGCCCAGAAGGCUUCGUUUUCCACCAGGUCCAUUUGAUUUGCAUGCCACCCAGUGGUGAAAAUAUUUGUAAGCAGUCAUCACAGUACCAUUUCGUCAACGAUUUCUUGUACAGACCCGUCAAUGCGGAAGAAGCGCAGUCCAGGCCUAAUGUUACAAUCCGGUACGGAGAUAGAUAUUAUCCAGGAAACAAUUAUGAAGGCGACGAGGAAUAUGACAGAGAAGAAGAGGCGCCACAACAGAGGCCACAACAGUUCAGACAACAACCGACCAUAAGACAACGGACACAACAACCACAACCACAACAGUCGCAACAACAUAACUUAUCUACGCCCAGACCGAUAGUCUUGCAGCAGCAACCGCAACAAUUCGCCAGGCAACCACUAUCCAACCAAGUAUUUCAUUCAUCAGAAGAAGUGAACAUACCCCUUCAACAGAGAAGACCGAUUUUGCAACAACAGAGACCACAAUUCCAACAGCAGCUUCAGCAACAACAACAACAACAAACCAACGAUUUCGAUUUCGAAAGAAAGUAGAUAUAAGAAAAUAGUGUUGGAAAAACUUGUCUGUGUAAUAACUGAAUUCCAAAAAACAAUUAUGAUGAAUAGUAUUAUUUAUAUUUUUAAACGCUUAAUAGUUAAUAUUCGUUUUGUACAUAUAUAUUAUUUUAUAAAAGCGAAAUACUUAGACUACUAUUAUAGAGCGUUAUCUGAGACAAAUGAAAUGCAACUUUCUCAAAAGACUAGAACCCUCGAGAAAAAAAAGUUAUGAUACAUUUACCCGACAAAUAUAAAAUAUAAUUGUUUAAGAAUUAAGACGUUUAUUGCCUCUACUUAAAAUUCAAAUAUUAAAAUAUCUCUCAACGUUUUCAAGCAACCGAAAAUAUUUUUUAAUUAAUGCAAAUUUUAGAAGUAAGAUUUUUUAUACAUUGACAGUAACAAUAAUUUGCGUAGUUUAUAAAAAAUGAAUACAUUAUUUCAUAGAAAUAAUGUAGGUAUAUUUUUAAAAAAUGUAGUUCAUAAUCAUAUUUUCAAAAUCUAUCGUUUACGUGAUUUCAAAUAAAAUUAUCUAAAGUAACAAUUGUGAUUUACAUACAUUUUUAAUGAAAAGAGAUUAUUUAAAAUUAUAUUAUUUGUUGACUGAUUUUCAAGUUUAUAUAAUAUUUUUAAUUUCCCCAUCGUGUUUCAUUA